CAUUUUCAUAGGCUCCGCUAUAUACAUGAGAAUAUUACACAGCAAAGAAGAUGGGACCGUACAAAAGAUUCCAUAGGCUCCAUGCUCUCACUCUCACCUGAACCCCAUGGCUGAUAGUUUGGUCAGAUCCGGAGCGAAACCCAAGACCUGCCACAUCGACGCUGCCAUGGAAUGCGUCGUUCGCUACAUCGACGACCCCAAAGACCGCAGCGCCGUCUCCCUUGUCUGUCGUCGAUGGCACCAGCUCGAUUCUCUUACACGCAAGCACGUCACCGUCGCCUUCUGCUACACCACCACUCCGGAGCGCCUUAGGCGGCGGUUCCCACGGCUGGAGUCCCUGAAGCUGAAGGGGAAGCCGAGGGCGGCGAUGUUCAACCUCAUACCGGAGGAUUGGGGUGGUCACGUGACACCUUGGGUGAGGGAAAUCUCGGAGGGUUUCGAGUUUCUGAAGAGCGUUCAUUUCCGGCGAAUGAUUGUUAGGGAUUCGGAUCUUGAGCUUCUUGCGAGGUCACGUGGUCACGUGCUUGAGGCUUUGAAGCUUGAUAAGUGUUCUGGUUUCUCCACUGAUGGCCUUCUCUUUGUUACUAGGUUUUGCAGGAAUUUAAGAGUCUUGUUUUUGGAGGAAAGCACAAUUGUUGAGAAAGAUUGUGAAUGGCUGCAUGAGCUUGCUUUGAACAAUACUGUACUUGAGACGCUGAAUUUUUACUUGACAGACAUUGCUGCUGUCAAAUUUCAGGACCUGGAACUUAUAGCCAAAAAUUGUCCUAACUUAGUCUCUGUGAAAAUUACUGAUUCUGAAGUCUUGGAUCUUGUGAACUUCUUUUGCUAUGCCUCUGCUCUAGAAGAAUUUAGUGGAGGUUCCUACAACUGCGAACCGGAUAAGUACAAUGCUGUUGUGUUACCAGAAAAAUUACACCGAUUGGGUUUGACAUAUAUCGGAGGGAAUGAGUUGCCGGUGGUGUUCAGGUGUGCAUCCGGGCUUACAAAAUUGGAUCUGCUUUAUUCAUUUUUGGAUUCAGAGGAUCAUUGUAUGUUAAUCGAGAGGUGCCCCAAUUUGGAGGUCCUUGAGUCGAGGAAUGUGAUUGGAGAUAGAGGAUUGGAAGUUCUUGCUCGCUGUUGUAAGAGGUUUAAAAGGCUUAGGAUUGAACGAGACAGUGAUGAAGUUGGUACUAGUGUUACCCAUAAAGGAUUGAUUGCUUUGUCACAGGGAUGUCCAGAACUAGAAUAUUUGGCUGUUUAUGUAUCUGACAUGACGAAUGCCUGUCUCGAACACAUCGGUACUCACUCCAAAAAUCUCUAUGAUUUUCGGCUUGUCUUGCUUGAUCACCGUGAAAAAAUAACUGAUUUGCCACUUGACAAUGGAGUAAGGGCUUUACUCAUGGGUUGCGACAAGCUUAUAAGAUUUGCACUAUAUCUGCGUCCCGGGGGCUUGACCGACAAGGGUCUUGGCUAUAUUGGGAAAUACAGCCAAAAUGUUAGGUGGAUGCUGCUUGGUUACCUUGGGGAGUCUGAUGCAGGGCUUUUGGAAUUCUCUAAGGGAUGUCCUAAUCUUCAGAAACUUGAAAUGAGAGGUUGUUAUCAUUUCAGCGAGCGUGCACUAGCUGCUGCUGCGACGCAACUGGCUUCGCUUAGGUACUUGUGGGUGCAAGGAUGUGGGCAAUCUACUUCCAGAGGUGAUCUUGUGGCUAUGGCUCGCCCCUUUUGGAAUAUUGAGUUGAUUCCUUCGAGGCGUGUGAUUGCCAAUGAUGAAUCUCGAGGCCCUGUAGCUGUUGAGCAUCCGGCACACAUUCUUGCAUAUUACUCUCUUGCCGGACAGAGAUCUGAUUUUCCAGAUUCUGUUGUACCUCUGGAUUCUACCACACGUGUAUAAUCCUUUUUCUUGAAAGAUGCAACUGUUAUUUUCUCUAUUCUGUGCCAUUGUUGACACCUUUGAUUGAACAAAUUGGGAGACUAUAAAUGUUAUAUAGAAUCAUUUGCUUCAUUGUCUGAAA